UUUAGCAUGAUAUUUUCCACAAUGUUCUGCAUAAGCUGUUGCAACAUAUUUGAAUGGGUCCGAAAACAAUUAAAUGAGCCCUUAGGACAAACCUUAUUUGGUUUUAUAGUGGGUCGUUACCUAUUACUAUACUUAUUCGCGUUUUUCUACAACCUAGACACAAGAAUACCCCUUGAAGGUAAACAAGUAAAUCGGCUGCAAGUGUAUGAAAAUUUGCUGUACAUUACACCGAGGCCUGUAAAAUUAACCACUCAGAUUACAUAGGGUUUAUUAACAAAUACAAAUAAUUACAACAAAAAUGAUAAAAAGUACUUAUGCUUUUUUGACUAACGAGUCAGCAUGUUCGGCAUAGGUGCGAGCGAUUUUGAUUAAAGCCACUCCAGAUCCAAUUCCGCAGGCCGUGCAAAGAGCCACAUUCUGAGGCACAAUGCUUCUUACGAUUGCCCAAAUAAGAACAGAACCCAAGGAGAAUGUUACAGCUCCAAAAGAACUGAAAUUAUAUGAUAAUUAUUACAAAUAAUUGCAAAAAUAAAGUUUUUAUACCUGUAUAAGAGUUUUUCUUUGGUGGUUAGGGCGCUUAGGUGUGGCCUGUUGUAUAGAUACAAUCCAGAGCCUAAUAUUGUGUUGAACAAAAGGACGUUUGUGAUAUCUCUGCGUGGGAAUAUUCUAUAAAACCACAUCAAUAAAACCCCUGUAUCAUCAAAAUAAUCAUAUUUACCUUAAAACUAAUGACGGGUUCAUAACAUUUAUAGACAGAGCUGUGUAGCUGAGUGUACCCUGAACCGGCAGGUAAUAAAACAAUAAAUUUUCUUUGGUCAGCGGCUUCAAGCCAAAUUUACCGGUUAUAAAAAUCAAAAUGUUCGCUUCUUUGACUUUAAUUCGCAAUAUAAGCAAACUAAAAGCGUACAAAAGCAGUAUUAAAACGGGUUCGGCUUUAUUUUCAUCGGAUGCAGAUGCUACAGACAGAGUUCCAACGCAGGGAGGUUAUGCUCAGGCGUUCGAUAAAUUUGAAGAUUUGAAGGAAAAGAAACCUGAAGUCAAGUUGGAGACGUUUGCUUCUUUAUUGAGGCACUCAAAGUUUAUAGAUUUGGGGGAUCCGGAAGGCAAAGUUGUUAUAGGUAAAAUAUUCCACAUUGUUGACGAUGACUUGUACGUGGACUUUGGUUGGAAGUUUCAUUGCGUUUGUCCUAGGCCAAAGAAAAAUGGUGAAAGUUAUGUAAGAGGCAGUAAGGUACGAUUGAUGAUAAAAGAAUUGGAGUUGUCGACAAGGUUUCUCGGCUUUGAAAAAGAUCUAACGUUGUUGGAAGCAGACUGCGCGCUUUUAGGGUUGGUACAGGAGAGAAGUAAAACGCCUUUGUAGUGUGACAAUUUAUUUUUUAUAAUAAAAUACAUUUUUACAGUUAGUCAUGUGUAUUUGUUAAGGCAAGAAGUACUAAAUAAAUACAAUUAUUCUGUUAACUUAUUGUUAAGAUCAUUAUUAAUAAAUGUUUACAAAAAGCUGCCUAUAGGGAAGUUUUAUUUAUUUACAGUUUAAAUUAAAUACAUUACAUUUAUACAUUAAUAAGUUGCCACUUGCUGCCCUUAAUAUUAAAUAUAAAAAUUAAAUUUGAUUAAUUUGAGGUAUAUAGAUAAUAAGGCUUUAUGGAUAAUCAUGUGUGGCUUGUUUAAAACUAUAAUUAAGGCACUUGAGAAUUCGUCGUCAAAUAUUAAUUGAGCAUUUUAAAAUUAUAUUUACAGUAAAGCACAUGGUAAUCCACAACACAAAGGAAGGCAAACUGGAACGACCGUGGCACCUGAUUUACUUUUCGAUUUACUCUUGCUGCUGGCCUCGUAUUCAUACAUUCCUUUGCCCUUUGCAUAACCACCCUAAAAAUGUAUAAAGUGUGGAAAGUGGGUAUUUACCGCACGGCGUGCGAAAAAAUGCGGUUACCGCACGGUUAAAUCAACUUACCUCUGCUCUCCAUCCAGCCUGACUUUCCUCCUUCUUGGCGAACAUCUCGUGUCCGGGUGGGUAAUAUACAGGGGGCCCAGAAACAUUCUUAGCCUUCAUGACGGGCUCCUUUUUUUGUUCGUCCGCUUCCUCUUGUUGCCUCUUCAAAGUGUCCACCUUCCUUUGUGUAGCCAGCUCGUCUUCAUGCUGAUUAAAUCCUGAGUUUAACGGACUAUUCGGUGGCU